GCGGUUUUUACAAUCAGAGCCAAAAAUACUUCAUGAUUUAACAGGUUUCUGUGAAUUAUCGCCAGUAGCAAUGAAAGGUAAGCUUCUUCCACCCCUUUGACGACUGUAUCUCCUCUUGAACUCUUCUAAAACCCCUUAAUUUGGGGUUUUUACACGAUGGAGAAUUUCAUCCUGUAUGAUGAAAUCAAUCGCGAUGAGAACUCGAUCAUGUAUAAGGGACGGCGCAAAGGGUCAAUAAACUUUGUUGCCAUUCACUGCAUGGAUAAAGCACGCCGGCCUGAGGUGACCAAUAGAGUGAGGUUGACCCAUGAGCUUGACCAUCCAAACGUUGUGCAGUUUUAUGAAUGGUAUGAGACGACCAAUCAUCUGUGGCUGGUCGUUGAACUCUGUACAGGAGGCAGUCUUGGUCAGCUCUUGAUCCAAGAUGAGCAUCUACCAGAAAGCUCCGUCAGGAAGUUUGGUCUGGAUCUUGUGCGAGGUCUUCACUAUCUACACUCGAUGGGAAUACUCUUUGGUGAUGUCCAACCAGCCAAGAUUUUACUGGACGGUCCUGGCAUGCUGAAAUUUGACGACUUUAGUCUGUCCAGGGUAGAAGGUGAAGAUUUAAAUGAGUUAUUUGAAAGCACUGUAGGAGAGGAUGAUGGGAGUAGUCAAGACAGUGCCGACCAGGGUACCAACGGAGAUGGCUCAAAACCAAGAACACUGGGUUCCCCGUCCUAUAUAUCCCCUGAGGUUCUUCAGGGUCAAUCACCUUCUAUGGCCAGUGAUUUCUGGUCUCUUGGAUGUUUACUCUAUGAGCUCUACACCGGAAAGCCGCCGUUUUCCGCAGACUCCUUCCAAGAAUUAGUGGAUAAGGUUCUCAAUAAAAGCUUUGCUGCACCUAAAGUUAAAGGGCCAAGAAUCUUUUCCAAACCAUCACUAGAUUUCUGCAACUUGCUGGAAGGUCUUCUAAAUAAAGAUUCCAAUGCGAGAUUAGACUGGCACAAGCUUGUUGCUCACCCCUUCUGGCAAAAUGAACUUCUUACUGAAAACAAGGAUCUAAAGCCUGUUGGUAUGGAAGAAGAAGGAGCUACUACAGAGGGAGGGGAAACAAUGGAUGACACAGCCAUUUCAAGUCUAGAAUUGCUGGCCAAAACUCCAAACAAAAUCAAGGAGUAUAACCUGAUUAGUAUCUCACCCGAUGGUCGUCCGAUAUCACGCUCCGGGACCUCCAGUCAACAACAUCUCUUAAAGACGUCUUUACAAUCUAGUGGUCUUGAGACGUUCCGUGCACAGCCUACCCCAGAAGCUACUGAUACUACCGCCAAAGAAGCUCAGUUUACUCUAAGCUCUCGUCCUCAAACCUCACCUGUGGCUCCUUUUGAGACAACCUCCAAAGAAACAAAAAAAGUUGAGCCGCAUCCUCCGAAGAAAACUUCUGGGAGGAAGAAGUCUAUCAGCAAAGACAGCAAGGGAGGCGGUGGAGACAAUAAGCAACGAGUGAAAUAUCAACGAGAUCGAAGGACGUCCAUAGAAGAGGGAGGUUCUAGCUCGGACUUGGUCUACACUCUCUGGGAUCUUACAGUCUCACCAAUUAUUGAUAAUUCUAAGAUUCAAAAACCAGUUCCUCUGAAAUACGACGCAAAAAGCUUGCCAACAACAGCGCCCUCUGUUGACAAAUUAUUGAAGCUCAGUCCAGCAGACGUCUCUCACCAUGUUGACAAUCUCGCUGAAGCCCUUAAUAAAAUGUCAGACAAGGGUGCCAGUGGUCAAAGAGCAAAGGUUCAAUUCUUGAACUAUGUAGCUACCAUCUGUUGCCAUGGAAACAUAGGAGCUGUGGUGAUUAAAUCUAAGAUGGUACCAGCCUUAAUGGUGUGUUUGAAGGCAAACCAAGCAUUAGAAGUUCGCUGCAGGGCGGGUCGUGUGAUCGGUCUACUUGCUCUUAACUUAGAAGAACUUGAGGAAGAAGUCCAGCUCACUGAGGUGUUCACAAUGAUGACAGAAGUCAUUCGAGACAAUGCACGUAACUCCAAGUUAAAGCAAGGUAUCUUACCUGCGUUAGGAGAGCUUCUAUUCCUAGUAGCGACCCAAGAAGAGAGGAAGGGACGUAGUGUAGAGGCUUGGACAGUCCCUGCUGUUACUUAUACCAUCAUGGCAAGAUGUAUCCGAGAAGGGGAAGAUUCCAUCGUUCAGCAUUAUACAGCAAAGAGUAUUGAGAAUGUGUGCUCCACUAUGAGCACUCAUAGUCAGAAGAUGUCUACCAAUGAAAGUGGUCAUGUUCUCUGGCAUCUUUACAAUCAUUCAACGGCAGACUCUCUCAAGAUCACCGCUAUAUCGGCUUUAUGUAGAGUGACCAGGCAAUCAGUCGCAAUCUUCCAGAGUGUUAUUGAUAAAGUUGGACUUCCUAACAUCCUAGAGGCCCUAGCAGUCAAUAUCACUAAGGUCCAGCAGGCAUUAGUGACUAUGUUUGCUGCCUUACUCACGGAGGGUUCUCACUUACAAAGAUUGAUUCACGACAAGAAUGCUGAGGAUUUUAUUCUUCGUAUCAUGCGUUUAUUGGACAGCCCAUCUACUCUGAUCAGAGCCAAGACAUUCCUGACUGUUCUUGAAGUAACCAACACCAAUCUCGAGAUGAUUCAUGUAGCUUGUCAAGCAAGACUUGUGAUGUAUAUAGAGAGAGAAAGUCGCCGUCAACAUUCCACUGGGAAAUCAGAUAGUCAAGCUCAGGCCAACUACAUGUCCAAAUGUCUGGAUCUUAUCACCAACUACCUGGUGGAAAUUAUUCCUCAGAUAUAUGGUGAUGCCGUGACAUCGUUAAAUGCCGUAGCUGGUCGCAAACACCCAUCCACUGUACAAGCCAAGCAGCUGAAGACCAGCUUACCACUGGUACCCGUUGCUUUACAUUUGGUUACCAGUCAGGUUUUCAGAGUACGGAUCGUUGGGGAAAAAUUCCUUGAGGACGUUGGUGAUCUUUUGGCUCAUGUUCAGUCGCUGGACUGUGGAGAGACGAGUAUCGAACCAGCCAUUGGUGCGUCAGGAACUACGGACUUCAUCAAUACAGUUCUUUCUAUUCUGGAGGCAGUAGCUCAACAUCCAAGUAUCCUGAUGGAACACCAUAAUGUCAUCAUUGAGAAUAUACUGCCCUCUCUUGCCUCCCUGGUGUCUAGUGAGAAUGGUGAUACUCGUAUCCUGUGCCUGCGUCUGUUCGCUGAAGUCACCUCACUGUACCUAACCCACGAUCAGCUGACUGAAGAGCGCCCUCUAACAAACCCUAAGCUCCUUCAGGAGAUUAUUGGGGAACGGUUCCUGCCUCACUGUGAGCAGAUACUACUGGAUAAUGAUCCGAUACCAGUCUAUGGAUUGAAGUUACUCUUGUCUCUACUUGAGAGGAGCCCAGCUUAUAUCAAACGCAUUGAAGAAUUGGAACUUUACCCAGUGCUGUUCCAGGUUUUGUUGGAUCAUCAGAAUGCACCAAUCAGCAGUGCCGUUCGAAACCUGGUCGGCAUCUUACAUUGUUUGGUAUCACAUAAAGACACUGAUAUGAAAGCACUGUAUGACCAGGGUAUUGUUGAUCAACUGUGUAACCUCCUCCAGCAAGGGGCGACCAUUUACAUGGAGACCAACGAGAAUACAGACACAAAGAGUGUACAAUUGCUGCUUACCAGCUUGCAGGAUACCAGCCUUAUAUUACUGAGAUUCGUUGCUGCCACAGUCCGCCAGGUUCUACAGGCCAAGAAGUCUGGUGCGGAUGCGGACACCCACGGAGCAGAGUCUUUACUUCUUAUCAACAAACCCUUCACUGAAAUCACUGAUUGCUUCAUGCAGCUGAUAUGCAGUAAAGAAAGAGACAUAAAGAACGGAGCGUGUGAGUGUCUGUCGCUGAUUGCUCAGCUUUUUGGCGGUGAAUACAAAGAAACAAUGUCCAAGGAGAAUAUGGAAUGUCUCUCUGCCGCUCUGCCAAAGUCUGACGCUAAGCGUCAAAAACUACUUCUCAGAUUCAUCAAGAGAGUGAUUUCUACUGAGAAGUACCAUGCCGAUAUGUUACGCAAGCAAGGUCAAGGUUUAUGCAUCACUCUUCAAGACAUGAUGCAGACAGCAAGCUCCCACGCUGAUAUCGCUGUUUCAUCACUAGCGGCAGAUGUACUUAAGAUGGCUGGAGUUAGAGUAAGCUGAGAUCUCUUAUCAUCUUCUUAAGAUGGCUGGAGUUAGAGUAAGCUGAGAUCUCUUAUCAUCUUCUUAAGAUGGCUGGAGUUAGAGUAAGCUGAGAUCUCUUAUCAUCUUCUUAAGAUGGCUGGAGUUAGAGUAAGCUGAGAUCUCUUAUCAUCUUCUUAAGAUGGCUGGAGUUAGAGUAAGCUGAGAUCUCUUAUCAUCUUCUUAAGAUGGCUGGAGUUAGAGUAAGCUGAGAUCUCUUAUCAUCUUCUUAAGAUGGCUGGAGUUAGAGUAAGCUGAGAUCUCUUAUCAUCUCCUUAAGAUGGCUGGAGUUAGAGUAAGCUGAGAUCUAUUAUCAUCUUCUUAAGAUGGCUGGAGUUAGAGUAAGCUGAGAUCUCUAAUCAUCUUCUUAAGAUGGCUGGAGUUAGAGUAAGCUGAGAUCUCUUAUCAUCUUCUUAAGAUGGCUGGAGUUAGAGUAAGCUGAGAUCUCUUAUCAUCUUCUUAAGAUGGCUGGAGUUAGAGUAAGCUGAGAUCUCUUAUCAUCUUCUUAAGAUGGCUGGAGUUAGGGUAAGCUGAGAUCUCUUAUCAUCUUCUUAAGAUGGCCGGAGUUAGAGUAAGCUGAGAUCUCUUAUCAUCUUCAUUCAUUUAUUAACAUCAUUUUCAUGAAAUUUUUCAGCUUUAAGAAAGUUAGAUUCAUCAAUGAAAGGAUCGUUUGAUUUCCAGUUUCAUAUUUAUCCUUUUGGAAAGUUUUAUUUCUGAGAACCAAUCUGCUACGUAUUGUUUUACUGCAUUAAAUUUAAAUUUGUGUUUUUCCAGACUAAUUUUAUUGUUGAUGAAUACUUUGAGUAUUUAAACAAAGAAAAUUAGGGUGGGUGGGCCAAACAAUUACGAAAACAAAUUGAAUCUUUUUAAUGUUUAUUAUUUGUAAUUUCCCCCAAGUCUUUUUGGUUUUUAUAAUGGGCCAAAUGAUAUUAAAUUUAAAUGGAAUUGUACAUAUAACAACGACCUUAAAGGUUUAUAUUCAAAUAUUUAUGUUUUUAAUAGUAUGGUGUAUUGCACUUAAUAAUCUUACUAUUGCAGGUUUAUUGUGAAGGAAACUAUAACUAUUAUUUAUUGUGUGUGAUAAUGAAAUGCUGUUUAUACCAGUUUUGUAUAUAAUUAAAGCAAAUAAUAAAUUGUACUGAUUUAAUGUACAGGAGUGAAAAAACUU